AUGGUGGUAAGUCUGGCUGGGGUACGGUGGCCCCGCCUUGAGAUGCUUUGUGAUCGCUCAAGGGGUCGCCCUUAGAACUUGCUUGUUCGCUCACCCGGCCUUUGUUCCCAUUCUUGGUUCAUGUUAAGGGAGUUUGAGGCGAAGCCUGUCAAACUCUGCGUCAUACAUAAUGACGUCAGCGCCGGCAACGUGCUGCUCCGGCCCGACGACGGCGGUUUCUGCCUCAUCGACUGGGGCCGGGCCUAUCUGGACCUUCGAGUUUGA